AUGGCUGCAGUGGCCAAAGGUGAUGGUGGUAUGAAUGUUCAAGGGCUUGCUUUCAUUUGGGAGGAAAUCGCUGACUUGCGCAACAGUGCGCGGCACAACGGUGUGUUGAUGAAGGUUCCAGCUGGGGCUUCCUUCUGCGACUGCAACCGUGCAAAUGCUGUUGCAAAUACUGCUGCACUCAUGCCAUGCUUGGAACGCAUGCGUGAGAAUGACCUCAAGCUUCCCUACAUCAGCCCUUUGCAGGAUGAGGUGGAUCUUUUCUUUAAGCAAGUUCACCUCAAGAUUCCAGAGAAGCUUGCAUACCGAACAGCGGGUGAAAUCAAGAAGAUGCUGUCUUUCAUCAAACGGAAGGCGCAGAAGAAGGAGAUCACGAAGGAGAUUUGCAGUUCAUGUCUCUAUGACCACAUCGAUAUGUACAUGGCAGGAUUGCUGCGACAGCAGAAUGCCCAGCGGGCACAACGAGAGGCGACCGAGCGAGCACGCAGCAACAGCAGCCUAGGUGAAAGCUCAACAGGUGAUGACGACGAUGACACGGACAACACAGUCGAAGGGGAGACUGACCUGGACGAGUUUCGUCGUUGGCUUGAGCUUCCUCGAGGUUCGGCGGAGGUGCCAGCCAGCGAAGACCCAUCUGUGGGUUCGGGAUCCGCAUCCAGUGUGCCAUCCGCGGGGUCAGAAGCCACAUCCCGUGUGCCAUCCCAAGCAGCAGGUGUGUCCCAUGCAGAAGCCAAAGCCUCAUCCGCAGUGCCAUCCGAAGCAAAAGCCGCACCCCCGGUGCCGUCCCAAGCCAAAGCCUCAUCCGCAGUGCCAUCCGCAGCAAAUGCCGCACCCCCGGUGCCGUCCCAAGCCAAAGCCUCAUCCACAGUGCCAUCCGAAGCAAAAGCCGCACGCCCGGUGCCGUCCCAAGCAAAAGCCUCAUCCCCGGUGCCAUCCGAAGCAACAGCCUCAACCCCGGUGCCGUCCCAAGCAGAAGCCUCAUCCGGAUCAGGGGGCCCAUCUAGCUACAAGCAAUCGUCCGUACCAGAGCUUCCGAAGGCCCCCCAGGCGACGCUGAACCGGUCAAAGGUUAUGGGUACUGGUGCAGCAGAGCCAGGGUCCAGUAAGGAUGGUAUGUCCACUUGGCAUGUAGCCGGCAACUGUGACAAGUGUUUGAAGCCUCCGGACUUGUGCAACUUGCUGGCAAUGAUAUGA